GAUCACAAGUUUCAUUUGUGAUAAAACAUUUUAUCGAUCAGUUUUGUUAAUACUCUUGUUUCGUUCUUUCUUUGAAUAUUCUCUGAGAAAAUGUCUUGCUGCGGAGGAAACUGUGGUUGUGGAUCUGCUUGCACGUGCGUCAGUGGUUGUUGUGGAGGUUGCAAAAAGAACCCUGAGUUGGGCUUUUCUGGCGAGACCACUACGACUGAGACUUUUGUCUUUGGUGUUGCACCGGCCAUGAAGAAUCAGUACGAGGCUUUCGGCGAGAGUAACGUCGAGAACGAUGGAUGCAAGUGUGGAUCUGACUGCAAGUGUGAUCCUUGCACUUGUACAUGAAUAAAACUUUAAAAUGGCAGAGAUAGUCAGUGUCUUUUAAUUAAGUAAUAAUAUAACCCUAAUGAUGUUUUUAGGUUUCGCUUUUUUAUGUUUAAUAACGGCUGCAUGCAGCCUUGUCUUUGUCAUUUCUUUUAGCCGAUAUUAAUGGUCUUAGUUUGUGUGUUUGGUCUGUCUCUGCCAAUAUGUGACCAUCAUGGGUCCUUUGUAUUUCAGAAUGAAGUUUUUUGAAAAAGAGUUUUUUAGUUU